GGUAGGACGCAUGCGUUCUAGAUGCCGCUGCGCGCCCUAGCGCCCCCAGUGGGGACUCUGCGCAGGCGUCGUAGCCCCGAGCAACUGGCAGACGUCGCUAUCGCCCGGUUUAGGAGCUGAGGGUGUGUCAGAGUGGGAGAAGUUUGGAGAGUUUCAGCAGUGCGACGGAUUUGGAAACUGAGGCCUGGGGUGAAGAACAGGCUCUAGCGACUCGUGGGGCUUUCCUCAGCUCCCCAUGCAUGGACUUUGUGCCUGCUUGCGUAAAGCGAGAAGAUUGAGGCUGGCAGGGAGAAAGCGGGUCCGUCCUGAAUGGUGGUUCCCGGUGGGUGAACCAGCCUGAUGCUGGGUCGUUAUUAUUAACACGGAACACGAGCAAUGAAAGUAAUUUAUAGUAGGAGAACACGCUCUUAACUUUGCAAAAGCCGAAACAGGAUUACACCAGAUCGUGUUUGUACCUAACUCAAAAUGAGUAUGUUUGGAUUUAAGAGAAGACAGCAUUCAACUGAACUCUGCCACAGUUUGUAUUGGACGUCUCCAGUCAAAGGAUAAGUGUUUGUGUACAGAAUGUGGUGAACAGGACACAGCCCCUGCCUGCCCUUGUGAGGUGAGGGAUCUGGUAUGACAAAAUACCCAGAUGUCAAUAAUGUGGUAUGAUAAAUAGCUAGGCAGUAGAGAGCACAACUCAGGGUUAGGAACACAAGAAGACCCGACCAACUAGCAGGGGGGCAUCCCACAGCCUGAAAAAGGCAACCCAAGAAAUAGCAUUUGAGCUAAACCUUCAAAGAGUACUCCAGAGGGAGGGGUGGUGUGCCAGAAGCAGAUGGCCCAGGUGACUAGUCCUUGGUGCACAGUAGAUACUCAAAUGAUGUGAGUGCACAGACGGAUGAUUGAACGAGGCACUAAGCAUAUUUGUUAACUGGGAGCCAUUCCCGACUAAAUCAUAAAUGUUAAAAGGCAGGGGAAUGCCUAUUUCCUAAUGCUGCCCAGAGCCCGAAACUGAGUGGAGACUCACAGAAGGUGAAGGUGGUGAAGAUCCCAGAUACAGAGAAAGUGUUGUGUGGUCCUGGCCUGGGAGUGAUUUCUAGGAAGUGGAUCUCUGGUUUUGUUCUCCUAGAGGGUAACCACUAAAAAUACAACUGCUGUGCUGCUUCAGUGGUAGAAAAAGCGGGGCAGAGCUGACCUCUCAUUUUCACAUAUACUCCUCAUACAUCAUCCUCGUAACAAGGCUUAUUUUUGGCGGGUGGUACCUGCUGAGGACUGUCACAAGAGAAAAUUCCCCCAGAGUGUGUGCACAGUGGGGAAAUUCACAGGCAAAGAAAGAGGUUUACUCUCCCUGCUGGUCUAAAGAAGUCAGAACCAGUCUCCCUCUCCCUCUGGGACAACCUCUGCCCUCUUGAGGUGAUCAUUUCUGCAGCAAAGACCAGACUAGGACAAGGAUCUGGAGCUGCCUGCUUCCGGGAGCCAAGCAGGUGUUCCAAGGAGGCGCCAUGUCCACCCUGUACCCAUCUCUGGAGGACCUGAAGAUGGACCAAGCUAUUCAGGCCCAGGCCAGAGCUGCAUCCAGGAUGCCUGCCCUGCCAGUCUCCCAGUCUUCAGUUUUGUACCCAAGCCUGGCAGAAUUGGAAAAUUACAUGGGUCUUUCCCUCUCCAGCCAAGAAGUCCAGCAGAACCUGCUUCAGAUUCCAGAAGGUGCUACCACAGUGAGCUCUGGCCCCUCACCAGGCCAGCUGGUGGCACCACUAUCUGGGAACAGCCUUGGCACACGGCGUGUGGAGAUCAAGCCUGGGGUACGUGAGAUCCACCUGUGCAAGGACGAGCAUGGCAAGACAGGACUGCGGCUGAAGGCCAUUGACCAGGGGCUCUUUGUGCAGCUGGUGAAGGCCCACAGCCCUGCGUCUCUUGUGGGGCUGCGCUUCGGGGAUCAGAUCCUGCAGGUUGACGGGCGUGACUGUGCCGGGUGGAGCACGGACAGAGCCCACCGGGUGCUGAAGAGGGCGUCGGCCGAGAAAAUCAUCAUGGUCGUUCGGGACAGGCCCUUCCAGCGGACGGUCACCAUGCACAAGGACAGCGUGGGCCACAUUGGCUUUGUCCUCAAGAAGGGAAAGGUGGUCUCUGUGGUCAAAGGGAGUUCUGCGGCCCACAACGGGCUCCUCACCAACCACGCCGUGUGUGAGGUGAACGGGCAGAACGUCGUCGGGCUGAAGGUAGGCCGGCGGGAGCUGCAGGGGCUGAGAGCUGGCUGCACGGAGGGCAGGUUCGUGCCUGCGGGCGGGCUGCUGUCCCUCUCGAAGCCCGAGGCCCUCCUCCUCCAGUUGCUGAGAGGGUACUCUAAGAUGAGGGAGAUAGAGCUCUGAGCACAGGGCCAAGCCCAUGGGAAGUGCUCAGUAAAUACAAGCUAUUGCCUGGCAGCCAGAGGAGCGGUGGGGUCAGAGGAGCGGUGGGGUGGGGGUGAGGGGGAGCGCUGCCAGGACAGGGCGCCUGGGGAGGGGGCUGCUGGCUGCGCAGAUACCUCCCUCCUCCCUCCUCCCUCCCCGGUGAUACUGGCUCACAUUCCCCGUAAUAAGAAGAUUUUAGAAAAUUGCUGCUCAGAAACACACUUCUGGCCUCUGUUCAUCUUUGGAGGGUGUGUGUGUGUGGUGAGUUUUAUCUUUAAAAAGCAAGAAGGAGCAAGGGGUCCAGGGUCUAGUGGAUGCUGCCCAAGGGGUGGGCGCCUUCAGGGACCGGGGAUGAUGAGUCAUGUGGCUUUUUGUUCCUGAACAAGUGAAAAGGGCUUGAUGCUGACUCGCUGCCCCCCGGACCGUGCGUGGUCCUCCAUCGCGGCUGUGACUGAGAGGGAGGAUGCUGUCCCCUCCUGCCUUCCGAACUGUGGGUCUCCCCUGGCUGACGCGGCCUGGGCAGUGGCCUCCCGCUCUGCAGGUGGCAUGGAUCUAAGCCAGUACCCCACCCUCUCAAGGGCCGUCACCAAGCCAUUCCUGUCCCAUCUCUGCUUCCUGUGCUGGACAGUCUCCACUACCAUGUGCGGCAGACCCUCCCUCCCCAAAGGCUCGCGUCUUCGUGAGGAACUUGCCAGUUACCCUGGCAAACCGCGGUGCUCAGAGGCUCUGAAGACUGGGGUUCUCCCUUUCCUGGAUGGCUCCAUGUAGCUGUGCUUUUUGAGAUGGUUUUGUCUCCUGAAAGCAGAUCCGUUUCCACCCUGUGGCUGUCACUAGUCCCACUAGCACGUCCUCGCAUCUCAUCCCACAAUGGCUGAGCACGUGACCAAGUUAGAUGUCUGUGAUCGGUCGCUCUGUCUCUGAGGAAGGGCCGGAAGCUCUUCUGUGGCCGUGCUUCAGAGUUUGGUCUGCUUGGCCCACUUGUAGAGCUUUGUCCUUUCUUGUUCUCCCCAUGGUCUGAAUGGCGUCCGCAGACCUUCCUUGCGUUACUGGGCAACAAGGUAUAAGAUGAAGGCCCGUGAAGGGUCUGCUCGGCUGGCCGGCCAACAGGAGCCCAGUGGCUGGGUCAUGCACCUGACGGCCCCCACGGCAGGGUGAUUUUCUUGUGCUUUGGGACCAGAGCCUGUGUGUGACUGACUCCCACACACUGGCCUUUGGGGGUGGGGAGUGUGCUCGUCUUUACCGCAGAGACCUGGUCCGGGGCCUUACAUUCUUGCUCAAACAAGUCUUCGCCUGGUGUUUGCCUGGGACCCUCACCUGAUGGCAGCAGGGUCCUUUAGCCAGGGCCUUGCUGACCGCCCUCCUGCCCCCCCCACCACCACUGCAGAGGGGCCUCAGAGUCACCCCUGGCUGCAGGGUGACUGG